CCCUCCGCCAUUCCAUCGUCGCUCACACCUUCUCUUCUUCCGAGAUAGGUUGGCUUUCCUCUGAAUUUGAGACUUCAAACUUCAAUCCCUCCGUUUCCCACUUCCCUCCUCUGAAGAAUAUACUCCAAACGGAGUGAGAGAGAGACUCGGCGAUGCCAAAUCAAUUCUCAAACCGGAACUUCGAUUUGGGAAAGUGAAUUGAAUGUUUGGCUGUGCAAAAAUUCUUCGAAGAUGAUUCAAGAACAUAAGCAGCUCAAAGUUACAGAGAAGUCCAAUUCCGCGAUGGACAUGGUUACGGAUGUUGCGGCUCCUCCUCCACCUCCUCUUCCUCCGCCGCCGCCCUCGCCCUCUCAUCAACGGCGGCCUAGGGUGAGGGAAGUGAGUUCUAGAUUUAUGUCUCCUGUGGUAUCUUCUGUACAGAGGCGGCCACGGCAGCAGCAAUCCGAAGUAGAUCCCUUGAGUACUGCUGAUGUGAACCGACCUAUAGAAAAUUCGGAAACUCCAUUUCCUUUUGGAUCUCAGUGUAAAUCAAAUGUAGUAAAUACGACUGCCACUAUACAGAGAAAACAACGAGCUGUGAAACUCUUUAAGGAGAAUGGUGGAGGAGGAAGAGUUGAACAGCAACCUCCUCACCCUUCAAAGUCCUGUUCUGGGAGGAUCGGAAAUGGUUUUACCUCACCCUCCUUGAGACCGGACACUCCAACAGUAACUGUAUCCUCAAGAUACAGACUCACUUCGCAUCAGCGUUCUGCUAGUAUGAAUGCCACAGCUGCUUCAAAACUAUUGCAAGCAAGUGGGAUGUCAUCGGGAAGUCAAUCUUCCACUGCAAAUUCAUUUAAGGGCAACAUUGGUUCGCCCCAAAGGGAAACCAAUUCAGUGUCUGGGGAUACUUCUUCGGUAUGCUCUGAUGACGAAAAUCAUAGCAACUCGGAGGUCAACUGCAGCAUACAGUCACUUCCAGAAUUUCGGUCGUCUGUGCUGGAGGGAGAAAUGUUGCCUGCUGUGUCUACUAGAUCAGUGGAUGAGAAAACUGGCAAUAAGGGUGCUGUAAGAAGUAGUGGGGACAGUUUGAAAUUCCCCACAACACCUUUCUCACGUUCUCUUAACCCGUCAUUAUCAGGCAGUGAGCAUUUACUAAAUCAUUCCAUAAGGGGCAGUGAGAAACAUGUGACUUCUCUUGUCAAGCAGUAUGCAAAUUCUGCAAAAGUUGGAGGUCUUUGUUUGCCCCCAGUAGCUCCGUGUCCAAAACCGGGGGUAGAUAUAAAGAAAAGUAAAAAAGGUUCCAAUCAUCAGGAAAUCGUGCAUAGCCUGAGAUUGCUAUAUAAUCGUUAUCUGCAAUGGAGAUUUGCCAAUGCAAAAGCAGAAUCCUCAUUGAAAGCUCAGCAAGGAGAAAGUGAGAAAGCACUUUAUUCUCUGGCAUUGAAAAUGUCAGAGUUACGUGAUUCUGUGAACUUGAAACGCUUAGAAGUGCAGCUUUUGCAGAGAGCAAAGACUUUGUUAACAAUUCUUGAAGCUCAAAUCCCUCAUUUGGAUGAGUGGUCCUCUUUAGAAGUAGAGUAUUCUAUCUCCUUGACUGAAGCAAUCGAGGCAUUGUUGAAUGCCUCAGUGCAACUUCCAGUAGGUGGGAAUGUGAAGGUUGAUGCAAGGGAGGUGGGGGAGGCGAUAAACUCAGCCAUGAAGAUGAUGGAAUCAAUUGUUUUCCAUGUCCAAAGAUUUACAUCAAAGGUUGAAGAAACGGACAUAUCUAUUUCAGAAUUAGCCGGGGUUGUUGGUGGAGAAAGAGCUUUUAUUGGAGAAUGUGGAAGUUUAUUGGCAAGGGCAUAUAAAUCACAGGUGGAAGAGUGCAGUUUGAGGAGCCAACUUAUGCAAAUCCAUUCAACCGACCACAAAGCUAAAACAGUAGAAUUAUAAGCACAAGAUAUUUUCAUUCUUGGUCCAUGCUGUGGUUGUCCUUGCGAUGCUGCUAUUCUACUUAUUCAACAUGACAUCCACCGAGAGAAAGUAAUCACAGCUGAAUUGUGGUCUGUGCAUAUAUAUGAUGCUGAUUUGUUCAUAGCUGAAGAGACGGAAUCAACAGUACAAGAAGCCAUAUGGAUCUAUUUCUCUGUUUUGUGUUUGGAGAUGAUCCAUUCACUCAUUUGUGGAUAAGUGAGAUAUGUUUGAGCUGUGUUUAUAGUUGCAAUGCAUGUGUAGAGCUCGGUCAAUGGCCAUCUCUUUCCUUGUCUCACUUAUCAGAUGGCAAUAAAAGUGAAAUGACAUGUAUACAAAUUUUGUCAUCUAUUCAAUCGGAAUCUACUUGGAUUUUAUUUU